UAUUUGCAUAAGAUUCCUAUUUUCUCUCGUUUAUUUUGGUCGAAACAAUAGGAUGGGUUGAAAGCAUACAUUUGAAAAGUAGAGAUGCGGGGUCUCACCAGAUAGGUGCGACCUCGGUGAGAAACGAAAACAAUGAGAAGUCGGUGAGAAAAAAAUGUCUCCCUUCACAUGUCCCUAUGAUCAAAUCUCCAACCACUGUUUUCUUCACCUCUAACGAAUCUAAGACUUCCGUUCAUCAACUCCAUCUCCGUUUCACAUCUUUUGGUCAUUUUGUAUUUUUUCUCUGAAAACUCAUUAUCGGUUAUCUUCCAAGUCGAGGUUCAGACCCUAUCGAUAGGGUGUUUAAUCUCUGGUGAAGACAUAGAAUCUCCUCUGUUCUUUUUUUCUUCAAAAACCUCAUUGUUUUCCUUCCUAGCUAAGCUUCAGAACCCCAAGCGCCAAAGAGUCCAAUCACUGUUCAUCAUCUCCAACGAAGAUAAAGUGGGAAGAAGAAGAUGCUGCCUUUUCCAAGUUACUACGGGUUCGGGAAUUGUUCGAGCAGGGAUGGUUUUCCGAGCACGAUGGAGAUGAUGGAGGGCGGAGGCUCGAGGUCAUCAAUGGCGGAGGCUAAAGUGAUCGCUGCAUGUAAGAGCCACAGUGAAGCAGAGAGGAGACGGAGGCAACGGAUCAACGGCCACCUUGCCACCCUUCGGACUCUCCUUCCGAACACAACCAAAACGGACAAGGCAUCGCUACUGGCCGAGGUGGUCCAGCAUGUGAAGGAGCUAAAGAAGCUGGCUGCCGGUGUGGCAUCGCAUGAUGGGGAUGGAUACAACAGCAAUAGCAACAGAAGCAGAGAGUGGGCGUUCCCGGGUGAGACGGACGAGCUGACGUUAGGUUACUGCGACGCGGAAUCGAAGAUGAUAAAGGCGUCUUUGUGCUGCGAUGACCGGCCUGACCUGCUGUCGGACCUGACGAAAGCGCUGAGGUCAGCCCGGGGGAGGAUAAGGAAGGCGGAGAUGGCGACGGUGGGGGGCCGGACGAAAAGCGUGUUGGUGAUACAAAGGCGUAACGAAGGAAGCAGUACUGGCGGAGAUGAGGAUUUGGAGAUGCUGCGAAGGGCAUUGAAGGCUGUUCUCGAUAAGCCCAUUUUGCCUGCGUCCGGCCGGAUGCUGCCGGGAAACAAGCGGCCUCGUCUUUUCUCGCCAGCACAUCGCCAUUAGUCUUCUUUUACUUUAUUUUAUGCAUACAUGUAGAAAUUGAGUUGUUGAGAAUUAUCAAAUGGUUUUCUUCUUUCUUUUACUAAGAAAGCCUUAGAACUAGAAUUUCUUUUUCUUUGAUGGUGAUUGGUUCAUGGGUAUAGUUUUCCUUUUUUUUUUUCUUCUGAGCAUAGAUAGGUACAGGUUUGGUUUGGGCCAAAUGUGAGUAUUUUGUAAGCAUCAAUGCGCCACAUGGUUUGAUAUUUCAAUUUUGGGCUUACAUGUGUAACAGCACAUUUGAGGGAAUGGACCAAAUGGCUUGUUUCAUAUA